GCACAUCCACAUCUCCCACCUCUGAAAACGAAGGGAACGGACUCGUCAGUCCGACAGCGACAGUAUUUAUCCUGUUGCCUGCAGUUGCUUCGACAGUCAACGCUCGACCUGGCUCGACCCUCAAGUCACCUCAACAACACGAGUUUGAACAAAAUAUUUGGAUUAAAACCUUGAAGUGACUCAUUUUGUCUAGCGUUGAGUUCAAGGCCUCUUGUGUUGCGUUCAAGGCCUCUCUUCCAACGCAUUAUUCUACACGUGAAAGAACAAAAAACGAACGAGACCUGUAAUAAAAACUAACAGUAGGACUAGAAUUUUUCCUGAAUUGACAAAUACGAAAACUAACAAUGAAUACGCGUGAAUUCAUUGAGAAAAUAACAAAAUUACCGAAGACUAAUGACAAAUCCUCGAUCACGAUUUUUCCUCAGCCCAACGUGAACGCAGGAUGUGGGAGCAACGGCGUACGCCCUCCUAGACAAGUAAAAAAUCCCCACUUGGUAAGAUAUGAUGAUGAAUCAAUGUCAUCAGAGGAACGCUCAGCAUACUAUUCUAACGAGAGUUCAUUGGAUGAUGCACAAAUUAGCUGCAAUAUUCUCGAGGCAUACGGAGGGGAGGUGCCCUCGAAUAAAGCCAUCGAAGACCACUUCAAAACCAAACAGAAAAUCACUUCCGAGGGCCCCAAAUCAAGAGUAGACCAAUGGUUGUACGCAUUUGAACACAACUCCAGACAGAAUCCAUUGGCGGAGCCCUUUCCAUUCAUCAUAAAUAGCUGCUAUUCUACAAAGAGGAAUGGGUCCAGCUCGAGAAAGUCCAAAUCCAAAAAACAAAAGCGAGACGAUUGCGAAAAACACGCACAGGAGGUUUUCUCCAAGAAUAUCCUAAUGAGACAUAUUCUAUUGGAAAAACAAUUGGAAUCCAUGAGCCUGGAAUCAUCGAGCAGCUCGACAUCUGCUAAAAAAGAAAAGAAACGUCAAACGGACAGAAAAGCGGCUCCGCUCGGUUCGAGUGAGUUCCUGUCGACCGCUCGAGCGGCAGUGUUGUUACAUUCACUACUACCCCUGAAAAGUGCACGUAGCGGUAAGCGCCAAAGUGGCAACAAUGCGCUCGGUUUAUCCCAGCGGCACUGCGCUAACCGUGCAACGGAUGAAAGCUGGCGGCGGAGCGCGAGUGUGCGAGGGUUAAAACUAAGAAAUGUCUGAAACGUCCCAAAAAAAAAAUAGAUUUCUGCCAUCACAAAUAGACACAAUUGCAAAUGUCCUAAUUGAAUACAUUAAAAUAUACCUGGGGCACUAACUACUUUAUGGGACUAUUUACUGCAGGACUUGAAGUCACAUCAAGUACAGCUAAGUUUAUCUCUACCCCUACAUAAGUUUCAGUGGAAACGCAGUUGAUCUGAACUCCAUGUUUUCACCGAGAGUUAGGCAGGAGUCGACAUAAACAGCCUUAUUAUUACCGCCAUCUCCUCUCUUCAUCAAAUUUAAGGACCCCAACACGGCCGGUAGCUGACGCAUGAGUAUUAUAAACUAGCCAAAUAUUGAAAAAGGAAACGUUGGUGAUACCGCAAAAAUUGAAUCGUCUUGAAUAUAUCUGGAAAGUCAUUAAUGGAGUUUUUAUGAAACGAAAUGCCACAGAGUCAAACAAAAAAGGCGAAUGAUGUAAUCACAAGGGUCAAGCGGGGAUGACGACUGGAGUGAGCAAAAGGGUCGAAUAAAGGUGAAGAAUAGAAUAAUCACAAAAGUCAAGCAGGAGACAUAGACGGAGUGCUCAAACGGGGAAAAUGGCUGGAAGUAUCGAAAGAGAAUUUUUACUACUAUGAUGACACACUUUCGUGUUACUAGUUCGACGAUUGUAAUUCACUCGCAUCCCCUGUUUGAUUCUUGUGAUUACUUCUCAUUUAUCCAAUUUAUUUGACCCUUAUAGUCACUCCAAUCAUCUCCACUUAAUCAUCGUGAGUACUCCACUCGCCAGUUAACUUCACCAUCCUGAUUCCGAUAGUUCUAAACGUUUCGGGAUUGUUUCACAAAAAAAAUCAAUAUUCCGUAGAAGGGAUUGCAUUUUUUUCAAUUCAGAAAUACAUGUACAUACUUUUCGCUAAAGCUAUAUCUACACCUAUGUCCACGUCUAGUUGUACCAAUAGAAUAAAGAAAAAAAAAGUUGUACCAAUAGCUACAAAUAUUGUUUGUAGCUAUGUUGUACUUAUGGCUCCAAGUCCAUGCACAUGUACUCCAUAUAGCAUAAUAAUCUAUAAAGUCCGAUGGUCACCCAUGCUUAUAGUGCACAGAGCGUAUCCAAUAUUUUAGUAGUAAUAACAAAUAAGCAUAAAAUAGGUAGAUAAACAUUUUUCAGUUGCAACAUGAAGGUAUUAGUAAAAAGUAAAAGGGACUAGUAUGCUACUGAAUAUUUAAUACAAUGUACAUUUAUAUUUCUGUGUUAAUGAAACCAUCAAUACAUUCAACUAAAGAAAAGCCAUCUGAUUUUUCGCGUUUACAUUUUUCAAUAUCUCAAGUGUAUUUUAUGUUUUGCGCCGCAAAAUAUUGUUUGUAUCACUCAUAUCACUCAUAACAGGCUUCAUCACCUUUGUAAAAGUAUGAGGGCUUGUUGAAAGGCCACAAGGCAGGUAAAUUGGAACAAAUUACCACUUACGGAAAAACGAAGAAAUUUUCUACAUUUUGUGUGAACCGGAACAAGAAAAUAUGCGUCUUUCAAGUCAAUUUCGUACAUGAAGGUAUCACGAGAGAUGAGUUUCAGAACUGUUUUCAUGUCCUCCAACUUCCAA